AUGGGCUUACGGCAGAGACGAGGUUUAUACACCCUACUUACAUUCAUGUUAUAUGGGAUAGCUGAUAUUAAUACAAGUCUACCUGUCGAUAUAGCAUCUGAAGAAAAAGUUGUUCAACCAACAACGCAAGGUCAAACAUCAACAUCGCCUAUCCCAACAACGACAAUUACCACCACCUACGCAACAGCCAUUCCGCCAGUGCCGCCCAGUAAUAGAGAUCGGUACCUGACCUUCGCGGAGUCCGGUCAUCAUCAGACCUUUAUGUUCGCCAAGGAUAACACAUAUAUACAGUUGGAUGGUGAUAUUAUACAAAGAUUUCAGUUAAGAUUAUGUAGAGAAAUAUCAUUUAAGUUUCGUACUAGACUUCCGCAUGGUCUUUUGGUGUAUCAUAAUGUUAAGAACCCAGUCUUCAAAAUGCAGCCAUAUGCUUUGUAUGUCAUAGUGGAGAAGGGAGAACUAAAAGUGGUUCAUGUGUUCGGAAAGCACCUCACUUCAGUGACAGUGGGCAGAGCUCUGAAUAGGGACCAAUGGCAUAGUGUAGUUGUUACUAUAGACGUGCAUGGAGCAAGGCUUAUAGCAAAAGUCGAUCAUAUGAAGGAAGAGGUGUACUUGAAGGGACUCAGUUUCGACACGAACUAUGGCAUUACGGACAAUCUUACGUCAGUGAUUCUCAUUGGAGGUCUAAGCUCCGAAGAGAAACUCCACGGAGUAAAGUACAUAAUAGAAUCGUUCGUCGGUUGCAUCAGCGAUAUGGUAUUGAGUUCUGGUAAAGCUGCCUCCGAUCUCCUCCCAAUUGUACCGUUAAUUGCCACAAAACAUGAAAACGUUAAGGAAGGCUGUAUUAACAAGUGUAAAACUGUGCAAAAUUUGUGCUUCGAAGGUUCUAGAUGUAUCAAUGAAUAUAACGGAUAUAGGUGUGAUUGCUUUGGGACGUUAUAUGAAGAGCAACUGUGCGAUGUUUAUACGGCGACAAUAUUGACAUUACGUGGCUCCAGUUACGUGUCCUAUCGGGUUUAUGAUUGGAAAGACCGCGUUCACUCCACCAACACGAGAAUCAGUCUGCAUUUUAAGACACGUUUCGAUGAUUCCGCCCUGUUUUACGCAAGCGGUCAAAUCGACGAUAAACAUCAUUACAUUGCACUAUCAAUACAUCAGGAGAAGGUCGCUAUACAAAUUGAUCUAGGCGAUGGUCCAGUUGAAGAUUAUUUAGGUGAAAAAGUCAAUAACAAUAAAUGGCAUAAUAUAACCAUUGUUGUACAAGAAAAAAUAGUGUUUGCGUAUCUAGAUGAUAUUAUUGCAACAUAUGAAAUUCCGGGCGACGCUAAAUUCGUUUGUAUCGAUCCAGAAAUCUACAUAUGCGGCGGACCUGAUUUGUAUAAAAUGAAAGGUUUAAAAUCCUUUAACAACUUCGCUGGGAAUCUCAAAUACGUAUAUUAUAAUGAUGUAUCGAUAUUAUAUGAAUUGAAACAAAAUAACCCGAAGGUGCAUUAUAUUGGGGUGUUAGAUCCUCUGUUUGAGGAGAUGGACGUCGAAGUGAUACCUAUAACGUAUCCAUUUGCAACGUCUCACAUAUGGUGGCCUAUUAAUACGACGUACAGCGUGAAUUUAAUAUUUGACUUCAAGACCAGUAAGAACAUGGCUGUUUUGGCGUAUAGUCAGAUUAAUGGGCAGGGAUAUUUUGAGGUCAGAAUGGUGAAAGAAGAAAUACGAUUUGAAUUGGUACCAGAUCUAGGUAAAAAUGUGACCGUUUUGAAAUCAGUGAAAUUCAAUGUUAGCAACGAUUGGCACAACGUUGAACUUGAUUAUAGGAAAGGAAGAAUCAAGCUUACCGUCGACCAUCUUAAUAAACACGCGCAAAUGUUUGGUUUAGAUUUUCAGUUACAAGAUAAAGUGGUUAUAGGCAGUGGAUUAAAAUCAGCUAACCUUGGACUUAUUGGAUGUAUGAGGAAUAUUAAAAUUAAUGGACUCCUUAUUGAACCGAGGUUCGUAAUAAAUACAGAGCGCGUAGUAGGCGAAGUAGCAAUAGAUGACUGUCAAUACGUAGACCCUUGUACCAGACCCAACACAUGCGAACAUGGCGGCAUUUGCUCUAUACGGGAAGAUAGAGUUAUUUGUAAUUGUGAUAAUACGGGUUAUAUAGGUGAAAACUGCCAUUUUGCCACAUUCAGAAAGACCUGUGAAGAGUUGGCUCUACUUGGCUAUACAAGGAAUGAUGUGUACCUAAUAGAUAUUGAUGGUAACGGGAAAUUUCCUCCGGCUCACGUCAAAUGCGAGUUUCAAAUAGAAGCUGAUUCAUCUACUACUGUCGUAGAACAUAAUCUACCAAGUCAGGUGGAUGUACGGUCAGCAUCCGGCCAAGAUUUCAGUUUCAUAAUUAAAUACCGAGAAUUCACAGCUGAAAUGUUGCAAGAAUUAAUAUCCCAUUCGCUAUUCUGCCGACAGUACAUAAAGUAUGAUUGUCUGAAGGCACCCCUGGAGUUACAUAGUGCAACUUGGUUCAUUUCCUCAUCGACUGAUACCGUUGAUUAUAUAGGCAAUGUCAAAAGAGGAUACUGUCCAUGCGGUGUUAACGCAACGUGUGUUAAUCCAACGCAGUCGUGUAACUGUGACGCGAAUGGGGACAAAUGGCAUUCUGAUGAAGGGACCUUAGUGGACCCGAAGAGCCUGGGUAUCACGGAAAUGUUCUUCUUGCAGCAGAAAGACCUGACCGAGGAAGCGCAGGGUAGGAUCACGUUGGGACCCUUGGAGUGCGUGGAAACAAAUACUCAACGCUACGUUGUAACAUUCACGACCUCGCAAUCCUACAUCGAAGUCCCGGGAUGGAGGAAAGGGGAUAUCGCAUUUAGUUUCAGAACUACUGGGACCAGCGCUAUAUUAUUAUUCCAACCACCUAUUAGACCUAAUUAUCCUUCAUUUAUGGUUGCCCUAACUAGUGAACAUGAAUUAACCUUUAAUUUCACUCUAAAUACUGGAACAACGAGAAAAUUAGUGAUAAAUUCAAAAAGAAAAUUAAAUGGAGGCGAAUGGCACAAAAUCUGGAUCGACUAUAACUUCUAUCACGUGAGAUUUAUGCUUAAUACAGAGUAUCAAAUGCUCAACUUAUUACUGGAAGAGGAGUUUGGGCCAUUUGAAGGGUCUAUGUUUAUUGGGGGUGCUACUGCUGAUCAUCUUAAAAAGUCGGCAGUUAAUCAAGGACUAAUCGGCUGCUUUAGAGGCUUGGUCGUAAAUGGCGAAAUCCUAGACAUCUAUAGUUACAUGUCCGUCCAUUUGUCUGAAAUUAUAAAGGAUUGCAAGCCUUCAUGUGUGCCAAAUCCUUGUCAAAAUAAAGCCAUUUGUAAAGAACUUUGGUCCACUUAUGAGUGUAUCUGUAAAAACCGCUGGGCACAUUUGGGAGCUCACUGUGAAGAAAAUAUUAACGAAAAGGCGUUAACAUUUCAAACAAAAGAAGCAUAUCUAAAGAAAAACUAUUUAGUAGACAACGAGACAGAAGCCGAAAAGAUAAGGCUGAAGAAAAUGAUGGUAGAAAACGUCCUAAUGAACCUUAGAACGUACGACGACAACGCAUUAGUACUGUAUGCUAAUGAUAAUCUUAAUAAUUUCAUACAUUUAUUCAUACACAAUGGCACAGAAAUAAUAUAUUUAUUCAAUCACGAAGACGAAAUUAUUGAAAUGAAUGUCACCCACGAGAAAAUAAAUAAAGGGGAAAGUGUACAGAUUGCUAUUAUAAGAACUGAUAAUAGCACUACGCUACAUGUUAAUGAUAAGAAUACAACAAUUGAUAAAGUUGCCAAGCUUUUGUCGAAUUAUACGAACAAGCCGUGGAAGAAUCCGGAUUUAGAGGUAAUUCGUCCACAAAGGCCUCCAGCACCACCGACAGAUUACUUCCAAAUGAAUCUUGGAGGAUAUGACCAAUUUUCCUUACACCUUGCACCAAGAGCCACAAUUCUUCCUCAAGGUGGCUAUGUGGGAUGUGUUAGAGGCUUUAAAAUCGCUGACCAUGUGGUUGAUUUACCAAUGAAGGCUCAGCAGAAUAUUGACCAAGAUCUUACUGGUGUAUUACCGGAAUGCAAUAUGAAAUGCGAUUCUGAACCGUGCAAAAACGGUGGAAUCUGUACCGAGGACUUUACGAACCAGGAGAGUAGCUGUGACUGUGAUCUCACCAGUUACUUCGGGGAGUAUUGUAUGGAGGAAAAGGGGGCUGAUUUCAACGGCGAGAGUAUUUUGGAAAGGAAAUUUGUAUUGCCACAGACUAUAAAUAAGGUAAAAAUAAAGUUAGCGUUUUCAAGCAACGAUUUACGGCAAAAGAAUACUGUAUUGCUACUGGUCCAAACUGAAAAUAAAAGAAGUUAUUAUCUCUUAGUAGCAAUUACUCAAGACGGUUAUCUCAAAUUUGAAGAAGACCGCGAAGAUUCAGCAUACGGUGCGGAAGUUAAAAACCGGAACUUUUUAAACGGAGCCCGGCACACAGUUUACUACACACGAAUAGAAAAUGAGACGAAGCUAUUGAUAGAUAGAAUAGAGAUACCACUAGAGAAAUUACAGCCUCAGGGUCUGUGGGAAGUAGUGGAUAUUGGGACCAAUGAGGUGCAAAUUGGGGGACUUAAUACUUCGGAUCCAAGACUUAAGAUCUUCAAGGGAUAUAAUGGAUGUCUUUCAAAUAUUUUAGUACAAAUAAACGAAUACGAAAUGAAGCCUUUAGAAGAAUACAUGUUGUUCACUCGCUCUGACUCAGAGACAGUGAAUGCUGUAAAUGCUCAGGGUGUCAGAAGCGCACAAUGCUCUGCAGAUUUUGAUGAAGCUUGGCCGGAACACGAUCAACUAGGAGCCACGCAUAAUGGCAGUUUCCUUAUUAGUGUUGACAAAACGUGGGUGGAAGACCCACCAUCGCGUCUCCCCUUCGAUUCCAUUCAUACACAACCUGACGCUGAGGAAGAAAGUACUGACAGGAUAUUCAUUGCUCUAAUUGUAAUAUUCGUUUGUUGUCUCUGCUAUUGUGGUUCACAUAUGUGGCGAACGCAAAAAGCUUACAAAUUGCGCUUAGAAAAAGAGACCGACGAGAACAUAUUACGAAAUAAAGAGAAGGCCACUAAACUACAAGAGCCUAGUGUAUCAUUCCUACAGUUGAAAGAAGAGACUGAAAAAGAAGGAGAUAAGAAAUCAAACGGUGUCGUCAUAGAUGUGGUACCGACUAUAAUAGUUGAGGCUAACGAAGAGAAAGAGAAACCACCAAGUAGGAGAGGCUCACUGAGAUUUAGAGAUAUGGUGGACAAGGAAAUAGCGUGGGUGCCGUUAGAGGAGAAGGAUGAGACAUCUGACAAUGAUGCUGAUGAGAGCUCGGAGGAUAUCAACGAUUCGGAAGAUGAGGAUAAUCCAGACGAAAUUAGGAAAGUGCGAACAUUACAGUUUAAAAUGGAUGAAGAAUCUUCUGUUGAACUAACAUCGAACGCCUAA